AUGGCACCAAAGGCAGGGAAGAAACCGGCAGAGAAGAAGCCAGUGGCUGAGAAGGCUCCUGCCACCGCCGAGAAAUCAAAGGCCGGCAAGAAGCUUCCUAAGGACGCUGCCGGAGACAAGAAGAAGAAGAUCGAGACUUACAAGAUCUACAUUUUCAAGGUGAUGAAGCAGGUUCAUCCAGAUAUAGGAAUCUCAAGCAAGGCUAUGGGUAUCAUGAACAGCUUCAUCAAUGAUAUCUUUGAGAAGCUUGCUCAGGACUCUUCUAGGCUUGCUAGGUACAAAAAAAAGGCCACCAUCACUUCUUGGGAGAUUCAAACUGUUGUUCGAUUGGUCCUUUUCGGUGAAUUGGCUUAG